CCAUUUGCAUGUUCAAUUCGAUUGUUAGCAGCACCUGCGUGCCAUGCCGACUCCUGAAACUUUAGGGGCCAGAGAUGAGUUGGAACUGGAGGAACUGGACCCGGAGGAGGAACCAUUUGUGGCAGAUCGGAGCAUCCCAAAAAAUGUGAAGGAUGUGGACAUCGUGGACAGAAGAAGAAACUCACGAAGAUGUUGCGUAUCCUUCCCUGGAUGGGCAUCACUACCUUUGUUGUGUAAUGUUAUUUUAAUUUUGUUGCUCUUAUUGCAAUUGCCUGAUGUGAAAGACUUUGCAUUUGUGCAAUCAAUGAUGCACUUGGCAAACUCCCCGAUUUCAGCCCAGUCCAACGCGUCCAAAACGACAACAAGUUGGGACACGACUGUCGCAAGCCCGAUGGCAACCAAGACACCAGCGGUUUCCAUGGCAAUGCCCAACCUUGCAGAUCCUGCGGACAAAUGUAGGCUUCGUAAGGAUGACUUUGAUGAAACGUCUGCUGAGAAACUUUGUAAAAUUUCGAUGGUGAAUUGGACUAGUUCCAUACCUUCGAGUUCCUUCAGAGCAAUUCGUGUGGAUGAUACUGGUGGAAAUCACGCAGCUCGCUUUGGCAACCAACUUUUCACCGCGGCUAUCUCGGUGAUCCGUGCGUUGUCAUCAAACACACCUUUACUGGUUCUUCCAUCUGACAAACAAUUGCAGAAACUACCAUGUGUUCGCUCCAGUCAAGAUGUGGGCCAAAUGGUGAUGAGACUUUGUGCUGGUUGCAAUGAAAAGCAAAUCUGGUGUGACAAGAGUGAGACCUGCAACAAGGGCAAGGGCUGUCCAGCCCUCUUGCAGAAAAGAAUAAAAAUGUUUGGCGGAGGAUAUCACCAAAGUUUGGGAGAGUGGGGACCUGAUGAUUUGAAAUAUCAGGAGGAAUUGCGACGUUUCUUCUAUAGUCCCAUCCCUCUGUUGGAUCCACCACUCAGCCUGCCGGGGCCCAACGACUUCGUUCUACAUUAUCGCGGCUAUUCAGGGGACGCCAUUUUUGAGCGAAAAACGGGGCGGAUCCUCAACCCACCCUUUGCGUUUUACAAAUGGGCUCUGGAGCAUUACCUGCAGACCGUGCCUGUUCGUGGCAAGAUUUGGAUUGUGACAGAGCCAAGACAGCGUCGUCACCCCACGGUGAUGCGACUGCAAAAGGAACUUGGUGCUGAAGUCUAUCAAGAGAUGGAUCGAUUGGGUAAAGAAGGAUGGCUGGGUGAUUUCGCGUUCGUGCGCUUGGCAUCAUACGUGGCCAUUGCGCCUAGCACUUUUUCAUGGUGGGCCGCUUUCCUAGGUGAUGCCUCAACGGUUUAUUUUCCCAUUCCAUUUGGCCGGGUGCCACUUCCAUGGUGUCUGCUGUUGCCAUCGGAUCCGCGAUAUGUUUUCUACGACGUAUGGAACAACGAAUCGUUCAGCAAUCAAAGCGCUGCAAAGGCACGCUGCGGGGAGCUCGACCAAGAGCAGCCUAUAAAGACGGUUGCAAGUAAAUUGGUCUUUGGCUUCUAUCCAGAACUUCUUGAGACAAUGAUCAGUCGCAAGCAUCUCGAGUGGGUUCUUGAACAUAGUAAAUGAACACAAGCGGGCAAAAGAGGUUUCGAAUGCAUCGGAUGUUUUACUAGACCAGUGGUAGGCAUAGUGGUGCUGAUAAGCUGGCUGGGGUCCCACACAUGAGCACCUGUUUCACUGCAUGACGCAACAUGCGUCCCUUGAGCGACGUCAGUGGCGAAAGGAAUGAAAA